GACAGGAUAUCAGUGCUUUCUCCCAAACUUCCAAUCAGAUCUCACUCUGCUAGGUGGUCAAAAGAAAUGUGUUGUAUGUGUGUCUUUGAAGCAUUGUAAAAUUAGUUGAACCUUUUGUUCAACCAAACUCUCUUUGAACAAACGAGUUUUAGUUGUGUGUUUUUAAUAAGUGUGAGUAUUCAUUCAUCUGUUUUUUUUUGGAUGUCACAAAGGAGGACAUGCAUGAGCCAGAAUGAGGACAUUGUGAGUGCUACUAAAGAUGUCUGAUAGUGUCGAUAUUGAAGAGAAACCACCAGCCCCUCCCUUGAGAAUGAACAGUAGUUCCCGAGACUCUUCAUCAGUGAAUCCUGCCUCUAAACCGCUUCCAAUGGCUCCCGAAGAGAAAAUCAAGAAGGUGCGCCUGCGCUCCAUCUUCCCUGGAGGAGAUAAGACAAACAAGAAGAAGGAGAAGGAGCGUCCCGAGAUAUCCCUCCCCUCCGACUUUGAACACACCAUCCAUGUUGGCUUUGACGCAGUAACAGGAGAAUUCACAGGCAUCCCAGAGCAAUGGGCGCGCCUCCUACAGACCUCCAACAUCACCAAACUGGAGCAGAAGAAGAACCCACAAGCCGUAUUGGACGUCCUCAAGUUCUACGACUCCAAAGAGACCGUCAACAACCAGAAGUACAUGAGCUUCACCUCAGGAGACAAGUCCGCACAUGGUUACAUAGCAGCAAACACUCUGAAUCGACUGCUGUCAUCUGGGCCACCUGUCAGCCUUAGAACCUGCAGCGCAUUAUUUGACAAGGGUGCCAAAACAUCAACUUCAGAACCCCCCAUCGCGCCGCCUGUGUCAGAAGAGGAGGACGAGGAGGAAGAAGAAGAAGAGGAGGAGGAGGAAGAUGACGACGACGACGACGAUGAACUUCCACCGGUCAUUGCGCCUCGACCUGAGCACACCAAAUCUAUCUACACACGCUCAGUUAUGGACCCACCCAAGCCUCCCACCCCUGUCCAAGAGGUGGUGACGCCACCCGAGUCGCAGGUCCAGCCCGACAACACAUCCAGCACAAUGUAUCGUAACACGGACCGCCAGAGGAAGAAGUCCAAAAUGACAGAUGAGGAAAUCCUGGAGAGACUCAGGAGUAUCGUGAGUGUCGGGGAUCCUAAGAAGAAGUACACGCGCUUUGAGAAAAUAGGACAAGGGGCUUCUGGCACUGUGUAUACCGCCAUCGACAUAGCAACAGGCCAAGAGGUGGCCAUCAAGCAGAUGAACCUGCAGCAGCAACCCAAGAAGGAGCUGAUCAUCAAUGAGAUCUUAGUGAUGAGGGAAAACAAAAACUCUAAUAUAGUCAACUACCUGGACAGUUACCUGGUAGGAGAUGAGCUGUGGGUGGUGAUGGAGUAUUUGGCCGGCGGCUCGUUGACAGACGUGGUGACUGAGACCUGCAUGGACGAGGGCCAGAUAGCAGCGGUUUGCAGAGAGUGUCUUCAGGCGCUGGACUUCCUCCACUCCAACCAGGUGAUCCACCGAGACAUAAAAAGUGACAACAUCCUUUUGGGCAUGGAUGGUUCGGUCAAGCUGACUGAUUUUGGCUUCUGCGCCCAAAUCACUCCGGAGCAGAACAAGCGCAGCACAAUGGUGGGGACGCCUUACUGGAUGGCACCGGAGGUGGUGACCCGGAAGGCUUACGGCCCAAAAGUGGAUAUCUGGUCUUUGGGAAUUAUGGCUAUAGAAAUGGUGGAGGGCGAACCGCCGUAUCUAAAUGAGAAUCCACUCAGGGCCUUGUAUCUGAUCGCUACCAACGGGACACCGGAGCUCCAGAACCCAGAGAGACUGUCCUCUGUCUUCAGAGACUUCCUCAAUCGUUGCCUGGAGAUGGACGUGGACCGCAGAGGUUCUGCCAAGGAGCUGCUUCAGCAUUCCUUCCUCAAGCUGGCCAAGCCGCUGUCCAGCCUGACGCCUCUGAUUGUAGCUGCCAAGGAAGCCAUAAAGAACAGCAGUCGCUAGGGGGCGCCCUCUAUGCUCACCCAAGGCUGCAGCCCUGCUUGUGCGUGCAGGCCGGGUCAUGUGACGGCACAAAGCGGGAGGGGGUCCCAGUGGAGCUCUCUCUUCCCCCUUGCAUUUACGUAGGACGGAUGUCGGCCUUGCAGCCUCUCGGCCCCGUGCUGCUACUAAAAAGGACACGUUUUUCUUUGCGCUCAUGUACAUGUAGAGCAAUCCAUCACUAGUGUGUGUGUGUGUGUGUGUGUGUAGGUUCUGUAUGGGGGGGGGAAACAGUCGCUUCAAAACCAAAAAAAGAGGACAAAAACGCCCUCGAAGAAGAGCUUUUGGUCGAGUUUUCUCGUGUGCGGUGCUAGAACAGGCCACGCCCACACCUGCAGUCACUGUGCUCAGUAUGAGUGAGUGUGUGUGUGUGUGUGUGUGUGUGUGUGUGUGUGUGUGUGUGUGUGUGUGUAGGUGCAGUUACAGGGGAGAAAGCAAGGUUCAUUUAACAACUCUUAAAACCUUAAAGGGGCUGUUUGCAAUUUCCUCACAGUAACAUUUUUCAAAGCAAAAAAUAUAAGAACACCACUGGGUAGCUUGUUACCAUUAGUGGCCUAACAGAACUCAUUUGUUUGACAAUUGUCUAUAUUUUUCACAAUUACACAGUUUAUGAAAUAAAAACAUUUGGUUUGAUCGGUGUUUACGACGGUCACUCGUACGCGCAGGAAGCGCGUGCACACCUACAAGACCAGUCCGAGAGAGGCAACGAACAAUUUGCAGUUUUAAUAUGAUGGAAUAUACAGCUAAUGCUAGCUAUCCAAAUUGAUAUUGUUAGCUAGCUACACCUAAAGCUAACGUGCGUGCAUCUGUUGCGUACGUUCGUAAUGACGUCAUUACGUAGGAGAAGUGGUAAGAGGGCGGGAUAUGCUGUGUCAAAUACAUUGGAAAGUUGGCGCCCUCUAUGCAUCUGUGUAAGUGUUGCAAACAGCCCAUUUAAGAUAGACGAUACACACUCUUAGGAUCCAAAAGAGAUCCGAUCAUAAAAGUGUCAUUCGUCAGUUAGCAAUAAAAUUUCCUUUUUUUUCUUCCCCC